AUGGGAGUCCCUACCGACGAAGAGCAUCUUCGCAAAGCCCGGUCAUACUAUCUCCGCUCAGGGGGAGCGGUCUAUCUGCCAUGCUGGGCCAAGUUCUGGCUUGCGCUGCUGGGUCUAUACGACUGGGAAGGUAUUGACCCUUACCCGGUGGAGAUGUGGCUCCUCCCGGAGUGGUUUCCGUCUUCACAAACAGGAGCGUUCCAAACAUAUUUUACAGUGUCGGAGGAAGUCGAUGAAUGCGGCACCCUACCAGCAGCUGUACAAGAACGAGAGCGAGCCCAUCGACGAGCGCAGCGGAACUUCCUCGAAUGGUGCAACAUUUGCUGCGAGUGGUUUUCUACGGAGGACGAUUGGCAAAAGCACUGUCGCUUUCACCUAGAUCAUCUACAGCCGCGAUGCGGUCUUUUGACGUCCCGCCAUACAUUGGUAUACCCAGGGCUCUAUCCCUAUUGCUUGGGUGACUCAGAAAAACAGCCGCCGGAGCGAUUCAAGCAGUGGCGGGUCAAAUCUACGCUAAUCAAUCAUAUCAACGAGAUGCAUCUUAGUGGGAAGGAAGAAGACGAGCCUCUUCAAUGCCCUCGUCCUUGCUGUGAAAAGAGAUCAUAUUGUGGGACGCUGGACUUGCGACGCCAUUUCUUCAAUGCGCACUCUAUUGAAGAACCUCGGAGGAACUGUGUCUCUCAGAAGAGGAAAUGGAUCGCAGAUAUUGAUGUCGGAGGAAAGCCUCCAAAGAGAGUCUGUUGA